AUGAGCAACUGUUGCGUGAAAGGUUUCAAGUGGGAUGGACAGCCCCAAGGUCGAGUGGAAACGACCUCAUCUGGUGCAUCGACAUAUGUAACGGGCUCCAAUCCAGAAGCCUCGAUCCUUCUUAUCCACGACCUCUUUGGUUGGACAUUUCCCAACACCAGAUUAUUGGCAGACGCGUACGCAGAGGAGGCAAACGCCACCGUCUACGUCCCUGACUUCUUCGGCGGCGAAGUGCUAUCAUCCGAUAUCCUAUCCAAGGACACAUCUGAAUGGGGACCGCUCGAUCUUCCAGCCUUUACAGCCAGAAAUAGCAAAGAAGUCCGCGAGCCCGAGAUCUUCGCCUUUGCAAGAGAGUUGCGAGCAAAGUACCAACGCGUCGGCGCCAUCGGAUUCUGCUACGGCGGCUGGGUCGUAUUUCGUCUCGGUGCUAGGGAAAGCGGAGGGUUAGUGGAUUGUAUUUCCACCGCACAUCCGUCCUGGCUCACUAAGGGGGAAAUUGACAAUGUUGAUGUGCCGGUGCAAAUCCUGGCACCGGAGAUUGAUCCAGUGUUUACGCCGGAGUUAAAGGAUUGGUGUAACCGCGUUAUCCCGUCGCUAGGACUUGACUACGACUAUCAGCAUUUCCCGGCUCUGGAUCAUGGGUUUGCCAUUAGAGGUAACAAGGAGAAUGAGGCUGAGUUGAAGGGUCUCGUUCGGGCGAAGAAUGCUGCUGUUUAUUGGUUCAAGCAGUACCUUCACUGA